UCUAGUUAAAAAGGUCAAAAACUGCGAGAAAAGGCGAAGAAGAAUACGAACAUACUCGAGAAAAUUGAUUAGAUUUCGGCGUUGCGGCAGAGGCGACGACGUGAGCGAGGGUUUCCCGUUUAGGGUUUCGAAUCUCGUUUCCAGGCGAGGUUGUCGAUGCACGCCGGAGCUUUCCGGCUUCGCUCUAGGGGUUCGAGGCGCGCACGCGAGGUGGGGGGAGAUGCAUACGGACGCGCGGGUGGGGGUUGUGGUGGAGGACAGCAGACAGAGAGCUCUCUCGUCUGGCCACGGAGGUGGUGGUGUUGGUGAUGGGAAGCAAAUGUACUCCACGCAGCAGAAGAGCCAAACACCGAAGCAGCGCUUGCAGCACCAGCCGCAGAUCGGAACGGCGGAGCACCUUAUAGCUGGUGGCGUCGCUGGUGCUGUCAGCAAGACGUGUACGGCUCCUCUUGCUCGCCUUACUAUUCUUUUCCAGGUCCAAGGAAUGCACGCUGAUGUAGCCACUCUGAAGAAUGCAAGCAUAUGGAGGGAGGCUUCUCGAAUUGUUUCUGAAGAAGGUCUUCGAGCAUUUUGGAAAGGGAAUUUGGUGACAAUUGCUCACCGUUUACCAUAUUCUUCUCUAAAUUUUUAUACUUAUGAGCGAUACAAGGGUUUGGUGCAAAUGAUUCCUGGGUUAGAUAAGCAUAGAGAUAAUGUUGCUGCAGAUGUUUGUGUAAGAUUGUUUGCUGGUGGUUUGGCUGGAAUAACAGCUGCAUCAGCUACAUAUCCAUUGGAUCUUGUGAGGACACGUCUUGCGGCUCAGACGCGUACUAUGUAUUACAGGGGCAUGUCACAUGCUUUGUAUACGAUCUGCAGAGAUGAGGGUAUGCGAGGCUUAUACAAGGGAAUUGGAGCAACAUUAUUGGGUGUUGGACCUAGCAUAGCAAUUAGCUUUUCAGUUUAUGAAACUUUGAGAUCCUGCUGGCAAGUUGAAAGGCCACAUGAUUCUCCUGUAUUGGUUAGCUUGGCUUGUGGAAGUCUUUCUGGUAUAGCAUCAUCUACAGACAAUGUAGAAGUGGGUGAUGAAGUUAAUUGACACAAUACCAUCUUCAUGCCUCAAACGUGAUGAAGCUGACUCUGAUACCUCUUCAUGCAGUACAACUGUGUGCCUCAAUUGACAAUUUUGCUGUGCAAUAGAAGGAGAGGAAGGAACAAGAGAAUUUUAUUUAAUGAUUCAAAAUUUUUCUUGAUCAAUAGUUUCAAUUAUCUUAUAUAUUUGCUUUUACCACCUUGGUAAUAAACCUACUCUAUUUGAAAAGGUUAACUAAAUAAAAUAGCAGUACGUCUGGGCACAAACCAAGAAAAGGUUCAAGCUUUGAACUGGUUUGUUUAUUUUUCACCUGUAAAUCUUAAUAUGAAAUCCACUCGGCUUCAAAAUAAGCAGUAUUUUGAGGAAAACAGCCACUGUAAUAAUUCUUGAGGGGGCUAUAAUUGAUGAAGUCACAGAAGUGGUUAGUGCAUGGACAUUUAGUAGAGAUAGCUCAUGUAAAGAAAUUAGAUUCAUAAGUGAACCGGCUGAUAUUUGUUUGUGAAUGUUUUGAGCAGAAUGUCCAAUAUUUGAUGCUUGUGUUGACAGCUUGCCAUUUGAGUCAUCCAUUUUUUGUUGUGAAAUUGUAAAAAUAUGUUCUACCUAUAGUUUAGGAACCUCAAGAUAAGAUCUCGUUGGUCCCACAAUAUGUGGAAUUGGGUUAUGUUUGUGUUUCAAGUAAAAUAAUAAUAAUUAUAUUUUUUUAGAUUAUAUGAUAAUUUAUUGGUUUUUUUACUAAUUCUGGCAGACCUGAUAAAUAUUGCACUGAGUCUCAUGAGACUGGACUAAUAUAGUAUCUAUAAAGAAUCCAUAUAUUGUUCAAUUCAUUCAAUACAUAUGGGUUACAAUCAAUGAUACUAAAACUUUGGAGGUCCUCCCUCCCUCAUGAGAUUACUGAUCAAGGCAUACUGUCGUGAGAUUGCUGGGAUCUACACUCAUCUUGCGUCAAUAAUUCAAUGAGUUGAUGACUAAGAAUCAAUUAUUCUGUCAUGCCCUUACUAGUAAUUUGCAGAAUUGCCUAGUUGAAUUUGCUUCUGUAUAAUAUAGUGCACAAAUUUGUGUGCCCCCAUUGUGUUCUAGUGUGUUAUGUGCGGACACUGAACUGAUGCAACGGAACAGUGCAACCUGACUUGAAAUAUGUGCUAAUUUCAUGAUUGUUUUGCUGAUUAUUCUUUGCAGUUUCAAGCAUUGUUUAUGCAUUGCACUAGGUACAUUUUUAGGAAGGAGAAUGCAUGAACCUUUGUGCCUCAUGUCAUGUGACUGUGUUCUUAGGACAGAAUAAGAAUUCAGGUUGUUAGCCACACUUUCCUUGUGUUUUU